UACAGCUUUCAGUCGCGAACUUUUAUGUAAUUGGGAUAUUUUUCUGCUUAAUGGAACGGGUUUUCCGGAACUUCAUUGGAUACUUCUUUACAAAAACCACAUAAAUAUCAGGUGUUUCUUUUCUUUCCUUUUCCUUUUACCAGCUAAGCCAAGCCGUUUCAAUGGCCACUUUUUAGUCAGCGGACAGCUAACUGUUACUCCAGUCAGUUUGCUGUGUCUGGUCAGAUCGCCAGCAUUUUCAGUAGUCAAUACAACGAAUUUCUUUUAAAUUGGGGUUCUGAAAACAACGAAGGCACGGGGUAUUUUAACGGUAUUGAUGACUGUCUUUCUUUAUUUUAUACGACAAACUUUCCUGCGAUUGGCAGUAGGCUACUUCGUGUUGCUCUUUUUCCCAUGUGAGAAUCAGUGCCAACGCCUUUUUCGGUCUCACGCUUCGCUGUUUUGCAAGCAGUAGGACGAAAUAUUAGAAACUGCAACAGAGGGGUCCUUUAGUUUGGUUGUUAGUUUAGUGAAACCAUAAAGCGGUCGUUUUAGAAUGGGUUGCACGUUAAGCGCAGAGGAUAAAGCGGCGGUGGAGAGGAGUAAAAUUAUUGAUCGGAAUCUGAGGGAAGAUGGAGAGAAAGCAUCCAGAGAGGUCAAACUGCUGCUUCUUGGUGCCGGGGAGUCUGGGAAAAGCACAAUAGUGAAGCAGAUGAAAAUUAUCCAUGAAGACGGCUACUCAGAGGAGGAGUGCAAACAGUACAAAGUGGUGGUUUACAGCAACACCAUCCAGUCCAUCAUCGCCAUUAUCAGAGCCAUGGGCCGACUGAAGAUUGACUUUGGAGACCCUGCAAGAGCAGACGACGCUCGUCAGCUGUUUGUCCUGGCUGGCAGUGCGGAGGAAGGGGUCAUGACGGCAGAGUUAUCUGGGGUCAUCCGUCGUCUGUGGCAGGACUCAGGAGUCCAGGCCUGCUUCAACAGAUCCAGGGAGUACCAGCUUAACGACUCGGCCUCUUAUUAUCUGAACGACCUGGACCGAAUAUCCCAGCCCAACUACAUCCCCACGCAGCAGGACGUGUUAAGGACUCGCGUCAAGACCACGGGAAUCGUCGAGACGCACUUCACCUUCAAAGAGCUCUACUUCAAGAUGUUCGACGUGGGUGGCCAGCGCUCCGAGAGGAAGAAGUGGAUCCACUGUUUCGAGGGUGUCACUGCCAUCAUAUUCUGCGUGGCUCUCAGCGACUAUGACCUCGUCCUAGCCGAGGACGAAGAAAUGAACCGCAUGCUGGAGAGCAUGAAGCUCUUCGACAGCAUCUGCAACAACAAGUGGUUCACGGAGACCUCCAUCAUCCUCUUCCUCAAUAAGAAGGACUUAUUCGAGGACAAGAUCAAGAGGAGUCCACUCACUAUCUGCUACCCGGAGUACACCGGUUCAAACACGUACGAAGAGGCAGCUGCCUACAUCCAGUGUCAGUUUGAGGACCUGAACCGGCAGAAGAGCGCUAAAGAGAUCUACACUCACUUCACCUGCGCCACAGACACCAAAAACGUACAGUUUGUCUUCGACGCCGUCACAGACGUCAUCAUCAAAACGAACCUGAAGGAGUGUGGACUCUACUGACGCACCGGUUUUGGAUGGGACUGCAGCUUGACCGAAUGGAGCACACAAGACGGAGAGCGUGUGAGGGGGAUCGCUAACGGACUGGGAAUAAAGAAUAGUCGUGGGCCACGUUUGGCUGGCUGCAUGCGGACUCUUUGUAAAACCUCUGUACCUAAAUCUGCAUCUUGAAGGCUUUCUUCUCGACUCUCUCUCUAAAGGGAACCUUCUCUGUCAUUUUUCAGUUUUUAUUUUUGAUUUUUUUUGUUUUGUUUUGUUUUGUCCUUUCCUGAAUGCAACAUGGCAGUUGGAGGACUGUAUCAAUUGUGCUGGCAUUUGUUGUUGUUUUUUUGUUUUGUUUUUUCUGCCAGGUGAUCUCUUUCAUUCCAGUGUUCACAAUUCCUCUGAGAUGGUGACAUGAUUUCAGCUCUAUGCACGUUGACCAAAUUUGAUCUUCUCUCCUGACUUUCUCACUCAGCAUUUAAUGACCUGUCAGUGAGGCAGGUUUAAGCUUCAGAAACAUUGUCUACACCGUACAGUUUUACCACACCGUUUUCUAUGGUUUUUAAGAAGUGAAAUUACAUUUUGCGCAAGAAGUGAAAUGAACUACACAUACACUUGAUAACUGUGACUUUCACACUUUUAGGCCGAUCUCAUUGUCCACUUUUAAAGUAACUUAUUAAUAUUUAGAUUUUUUUUUUCAUUGAAGUUUGCAACUGUCACUUGUCAAAAUGUUACUGAAAUACUGUGGAUACUUUGCUUGUGCAGAUUUCAACUUUUUGCUUUUUUUU